GACCUGGCACAGGCAGAGGUUUCCCUGGAAGCUCCCACUCCCUCUGCAGCCUUUAAAAGGCAGCCAGAGCAGCCGGAGGAGCUGAGAGGCUGAGACCAGCACCAACACCAGCAACUCCCUUGCCGAAGCUCACCUCCCCACCCUCCAGCAUGAAGGUGUCCGCAGCCCUGCUGUGCCUGCUGCUCGCCGUGGCCACCCUCGGCCCCCAGGUGCUCGGUCAACGAGUUAUUGGCGCACGCGUCUGCUGCAUCAACAUGGCCAAUAGGAAAAUCUCUGUUCAGAAACUGGAGAGCUACAGAACACUCACCAACAGCAGGUGCCCCCAGGAAGCUGUGAUCUUCCUGAGCAAAAAGAACAAGGAAAUCUGUGCUGACCCCAAGGAGAAGUGGGUCCAGGAUUCCGUGAAGUACCUGGACAGCAAGUCCCAAGCUCGGAAGCCUUGAGCCCUCAUACCUGCGUGGAGAGACCUCCAGCACCCUGGACAAUCUUAUUUAUUUUCCCCUCAACCUUCCCCAGUGCAGAGAGCUAUUAUUUUAUGCGAAUGUACAAAAGGACUGCUUUGGUGAAUCACUUAAAGCACAACCUUUCCUGAAUGAUAUUUAAUUAUGUUU